GUCACAUCACCGGGGGGCUGCCUGUCCACGCCGCUGACUCUCUCCCUCAACUCUUCUGAACGCUGUUCUUUACUCCAUCGGACCUCUUACGACUUCCAGGAAAUCGCUUUAACUCGAAGCUCCAAAUGAUGCACUCGGCACAGAAAGACACCACGUUCACCAAGAUCUUUGUGGGAGGUCUUCCUUAUCACACAACUGACACAAGUCUCAGGAAAUAUUUCGAUGUGUAUGGAGACAUCGAGGAGGCUGUUGUCAUCACCGAUCGGCAGACGGGGAAAUCCAGAGGUUAUGGCUUUGUGACCAUGGCAGACCGGGCCUCGGCUGACCGAGCCUGCAAGGACCCUAACCCCAUAAUAGAUGGCAGGAAAGCCAAUGUGAACCUGGCCUACCUGGGGGCCAAGCCCAGGGUCAUACAGCCAGGUGAGGGACUGGACUACAGCUUUGUUUCCCAACUUCAAGAUAAUCAAGGAUUUGCGUUCGGCAUGCCUCAGAUCCAUCCAGCGUUCAUCCAAAGGGCCUAUGGAGUCCCAGCACACUACAUCUACCCUCAGGCCUUUGUGCAACCCAGCAUGAUGAUGUCUCAUGUACAAUCUUCUGCUGCUACAGCAACAGCUGCUGGUGCAACUUCCCCGUACCUUGACUAUACUGGUGCAGCGUAUGCCCAGUACUCUGCUGCCGCUGCGGCUGCAUAUGAGCAGUAUCCAUACGCAGCCUCACCAGCACCAACAAGCUACAUGACUACAGCGGGGUAUGGAUACGCAGUCCAGCAGCCACUCGCCGCCGCUGCCACCCCGGGAGCUGCCGCCGCCGCCUUCAGCCAGUACCAACCUCAGCAGCUCCAGACAGAUCGCAUGCAGUGAAACCAUGAAAAUUAUCGUAAAGGAGGGAAGCAGAGAGAGAGAGGUCCCAAAGUAAUAGAGGAAAAGAUCCUAGGGGCUGAAUGAUGGUUGUCCCAGGUGUUUUACUUUGCAGUCCUUCUACCAAAGAGCCUGAAGAAAAUCAGCAACAAUAUGGAGAGACGUGAAGGAUUACUGUAUAUUUUAUUCAAGUGAGAUCAGUAUUUUGUCACUGUUGAACGUGUACGAAUAUUUAAUAUGUAUUCAGCAGGAAAAUAUUGAAUGUUAACUGAAGUUAACUCACUCAACCAUUGCUGAAUUUUGUAAAUAUGUUGCAGUGGAAUUUGUAUCCAAUUUCCAAGGGCAUUCACGUCUUAUGAUCAGGUUUCUUCACCACUUCUUUGAAAACAAACCCCCCAAAAAAGUUUGUUGGGUCAUUAUGCAGUUUUCAAUAUUUCAUAGUUUUUUGACCCACAACUAGUUUCCUUAAAAAAAUAUUUUCAUGAUAAUUUGUCAGACAAAAUGUCAGCUGAAGAUGGUAAAAGCACUGUCUUUUCUUCUCCUUAAAUUGCACUUCAAGUAAACCGAACAUAAGGGAAGAAACAUUGUUGAAUGUGAAACUUUCAUUUUGACAAAAUGUUUCAUAAUGUGCCUUUUAAAUUGUGCUAUUUAUGUAUUUAUUUUGGAGCCUUACAGUAAUAAACCCUAUAUGUUGUGUUCAUGUGUUAGUCUGAAGCCUUAUAAAGAACAUGUCGACAUGUGCUGCUGUGUAACGAUCAAGAGCAUGUGGUGGAUGUUGGAAGUUGGCUUAACAAAGUGAUAAACUGUGUAUAAAGAACAAAAGAUGAGUAGAAAGGUAGCAAUAUGCAUUUUAUGUAUAUCUAAUGUCGUCUCAAAUAGAUUCUUAAUUCUUAAAUGUCCCUUUUUAUACUUGACCAGUUUGAUAAAGGACAGAGUGAGAACUGUUAACUUUUUUAUUCUUUACAUUUUCGGUCAUUAGACAUUAAAUGUUUUCUAAUACAAGGACAUCACCUGUUUCAUCUUGCAUGACUCAAAAUAAUUCAAACAUUUAAUAUGUGAAAUAAAAGGAAAUUUACCUUCAA